AUGCUCGCCCGCUCCGCCCUCGCCCUCACCGUCCUCACGGCCUCGAUCUCGUCGCUCGUCGCCGCCCAGUCGGCCUCGUCGCUCGUCGACGGCCUCAGCGCCAACUGCCAGGCCGCCGCACUGUCGCUGUUGAGCAACUCGCAGCUCGCCCAGUGCGCGUCGAUCGGCUCCCUGUCGUCCAUCGUCCUCACGAGCGGGAGCGUUGUUGAUCCAAUCAACACCUGGCUCGGCAACUUGUGCGGCGAGCCGGACUGCAGCGAGGCGUCGCUCCAGAACGCCUCGACCAGCAUCUCGAACGGCUGCGCGACCGAGAUCAGCUCGGGCAGCAGCGACAUUGUCACGACUGCACUGAGCGUCCUCGAGAACUUCAACGCUGUCAAGCAGGGGCUCUGCCUUCAGUACACCACCAACUCGUCGUUCUGCGUCACCGACCUCCUCAAGUCGGUCGAGAGCGCGACCGGCCAGUCGCUCACCGUCUCGACCCUCACGUCGCUCGACGCCUCGACCCUCGAGUCGCUCCCCGCCGCCUCCUUCUGCACCGACUGCGCCCACGGCCUCGUCACCAAGCUCGACGCCGCCCUCAGCAACGGCACAUCGUCGUCCUCGACGGCAUCGUCGCUCACGGGCGAGGUCACGUCGGUCUGCGGCCAGUCGUUCGGCGACGGCCAGGUCCCGUCGACCCUGUCCGAGUCGACCGGCUCGAACAAGACCACGACGACGAACAACGGCGUCGAGAGCAGCUCGCUCAGCGGCGCGCCGGCCGUCGGUGCCGGCAUCUGGAAGGCGGCGGGUGCGGCCCUCGUCGGCGUCGCCGGCAUCGCCAUGCUCGCCUGAGCAGCCUGAGGGUCACUCGUCGCACGUGCGCCUGGAGCGCUUGCGACGGUCCCCUUGCCUGUAGCUGUCCCCCCCUUUCCCCUCUUCCAGCUCUCGCCAGUCGGCGUCACGCCCUCGCUUGUCCUUCUCCCCUCGCACCCCGAUUUUCCCCCCUUCCCUCGCCAGCAUAGACACUCGCCGCAGUGCUUCCGCCUAUCCCUCGUGUUCCUCGUAACGACCCUCUCGUGAGCCCUGU